AUGUAUCCAGAGAUUCGGUCGACCGUCACCCUCCUCAUUGCUCCUGUUUUGUUAGCAAUUCCCUCUGAUGGAAGUCGGUCACGGCCAUAUAUUACGCUAACUUAUGCCCAGUCUCUCGAUGGCUGUAUUGCGGGGAAAGGGGGUACCCAAGUCUUGCUUAGCGGGAGAGAGAGCAUGAUUAUGACGCACUGGCUGAGAACUAUGCAUGAUGGGAUACUCGUGGGAGUAAACACAAUUCGGAAUGACGACCCCCAACUUAACACUCGUCAUUUGCCGCCUCGCUCACCAUCUUACCCUCAACCGAGACCAAUUGUCCUUGAUACCUCCCUAGGAACACCGCCCUCUUGCAAGCUGUUGCACAAUUACCAAAACAAAACCGGACGACAACCAUGGAUCGUAUGUGCCCAGCGGCCACUGCGAGAUGGAUCCACGGUCACUACUGACCUUUGGUGGGAGCGGCGCCAUGCUCUCGAGUCAGCCGGUGCUAGAGUGAUCGAGGUCUCUUCUGAAGAUGACAAAGUCAACAUUCAGGCAGCAUUGGGGGCACUUCGACGACUCGGGAUCCAAUCCCUAAUGAUUGAAGGCGGGGCCACCGUGAUUGCGGCAUUCAUGAAGCUACAAGAUCAGGACGAGACGCCCACAGUAGACAUGCAUAUUGUCACAGUAGCGCCAAAAAUCAUAGGCUCGUCAGGAUUAAAGGCCACAAACACAGAUGCUCAACCACCACAUUUAGAGCCCAUCGGGGCUGCAAUAUUUGGAACGGACGCCGCGUUUGCAUCUAGGUUGCUCAGACCCUCGGGAUUGAGUCCAACAUAG